AUGCUUCCAAAUGAAAUUGAUCCAUACGAAUUCAAAUUCUUCAUAAAAGACAUGCUGCCUUUAUCUGAGACAUAUACUCUGUUUAGAAGCUCGAAACUGUUAAAGGCAAAGGAAACCAUAAAGGCCAUUUCUAAAACAAAUCAAGGACUAAUUGUUCUAAUUCAUAAACCGGAAGAGACAAUAGUAUAUACGCCAGAAAACAAAGUAACUUAUUUUACAAGAAGAAAGGGAAGGGUGGCACCGAAGAAUGCAGUGAUCCGGUUUCUGCGGGCAAAGAUGAUUGAUUUUGUCAUUUUGAAAUUCAAGACUUUCUAUUGCUGUCUGUCGAGAUGGGACAAGGACGUUUGUAGCUUCUGCAUUGUAGCAUGCAUAGGAAAAAAAGCUACUGAAAGAGCACUUCUGAAUCCUUCCGAAAUUCUUGGAGACGUUGAAGAGUCUCCUUUGAUGGUUGAAAAAGGUAUGUUUAAGUUUAAAGACUUGAAUCUAUUUAAGGAAGAGGGGAAGGAGUCUGAGGAUCAUUCAUUUGAAGCUAUCCACAGUCUUACAUCUGGGAUAAACUCUAGUACCAGUGAAGUAAAAGUGAACCCGAUCGACCUCAUUCGAGAAGAUUGCUUGGAAUAUGUAAGUAAAGUCUCUUUGGAAGGCACAAAUGCACUUUCCAACCAAAAGAAAGAGGAGCAAAACUGUCUUAUUGAAAUAGAAUCGGAAAAUGCCAAGAAUUCUGGAAACACUCACUCAAAGCCAUAUAAAGAAGUUAGAAAUGAUGAGGAGGGACUGAUCGAUUAUAUAAUAUCGAAAAUCACUAAGCUUGUGUGUGAAGAUAUAAAUACCGGGUGUCUUCAGGAGGAAACAGAGAAAGACAAACAAUCUCAGAUUAUAGAGGAAGAGGAGGAGAGCGAUUGCUCUAGUAAGAACUAUGGAUAUGAUGUCGAAGGGAGUAAUUCUCUUGGCUACAUAGGGGCUUCAGGAGGGAAGGAAAGUAAGAAGGAGGAUGGUACUCUUUCUCAUGAAGGCUCUUCGAAAUAUGAAAGUACUAUAAAAUUUGGAGUAAUAGAGCAAGGACAACUAAAAUGUAUCCAGAAGAACAUCGGGCUUCUAUCCAUGGCAAAAUUCGAUAGACUAGAAACAUUUAUCACAGGAAUGAUGGAUCAUCUUAAAAAAGCUAAUAUCAACUAUGUAGAGGUUUGUUCGGAGAUAGAUUUCUUUAUUGUAAAGAAAAGAGACUGCACUUAUCUGUACAUAAGAGAUUUAAUACAUAGAAAGGAGAGAAAAUUUAUGGAGAGAUUUGAUAGAAUGUUUGAAAAGCUUGGAGCAAAGACUUGA